GCCCCUUUCUUCCUGCUGAUGCCUCGUGGAGCGGUGUCCUUGUGCCAUGAUGUGAGGUUGCUCUCUGCCCCCAUGGACUCGGGUCUGGUGUAUCCUCUGGAGGUGUCAGUCAGUUCAAGGAGCAUCCAGGUUGCCCGAGGCCAGACAGCAGUAUUGCCCUGCACCUUCACCACUAACGCUGCUCUCACUAACCUUAAUGUCAUCUGGAUGGUCAUUCCUCUUUCUAACGCCAACCAGCCUCAACAGGUUAUUCUCUACCAAGGGGGUCAGAUCUUUGGUGGCGCACCCCAGUUCUAUGGGCGAGUGGGGUUUGCUGUGACAAUGCCAACCACCAGUGCCUCCAUCUUCAUCAACAACACUCAGCUAUCGGAUACUGGCACAUACCAGUGUUUAGUCAACAAUCUUCCCGACCGAGGUGUCAGGAAUAUUGGAGUCAUUGGACUUACUGUCUUGGUUCCUCCUUCUGCCCCGCUUUGCAGAAUCCAGGGGUCCCUGGACGUGGGCAGUGAUAUCACACUGACCUGCAGCUCAGAAGAAGGCAUCCCCCGGCCAACAUACCUCUGGGAGAAACUGGACAAUGUUCCCAAGUUGCCUCCAACUGCCACACAAGACCAAGUCCAGGGCACUGUCACUCUUCGAAAUAUCAGCACUGUGUCCUCAGGUCUUUACCAAUGUGUGGCUUCAAAUGCCAUUGGAACCAGCACUUGCCUUCUGGACCUGCAAGUCAUUGCACCCCACCCGCGGAGUAUUGGCCUGAUUGCAGGAGCAGUGGCCACAGGUGCUGUUGUGCUUGUUGUUUGCAUUGUGUUGGUGGCCGUGGCACUGUUUUACUGGAAAAAUAAACACAAAGAAGAAGAAGAGGAGGAGAUUCCCAAUGAGAUAAGGGAGGAUGACCUGCCGCCCAAAUGCUCCUCCGCAGCAAAGACAUUCCACGCCGAUGCGUCCUCAUCGGAGAACGACACCCUCACCUCCUCCAACACCUACAACAGCCGCUACUGGAACGACCCCAAAGCCAACCACGCCACAGACUCCUUCACCCGCUUCAGCAACAGCAACGACGCCCACCAGCCCCCCUUCUCCCGCUCGGGGAGCACAAGCACCCGCCCCGUCUAUGCCAACGGUGGCCACCCAUCGCCAGCUCCCCCUAAGACGCUGGUGGUGACGGCCAGCACGGCGCCGUCCCCUCAGGAGGUGAUCCGGAGCAAUGGCUCGGUCAGCAGGAAGCCGCGGCUGCCGCACACUCGCUCCUACGCCAUCAGCCAGGCCACACUGGAGCGGAUCGGGGCUGUCCCCGUCAUGGUGCCCGCCCAGAGCAGGGCCGGCUCCCUUGUGUAGGGCCAUGCUGGGGGCCAAGAGCCGAGCACGGGGCCUCUUGUACCUGGUGGGGCAAAGAGACCCUAUACUCCUUCCUGAAAGGCUGCAAGGUGGCGGGGAGGACAUACACUCGCCUCUCCCCCCUGCCCUCACCUCCUGAGGCCGCUGCUGGCUGGUGGGACGGCCCCGCCAUGCUGCAUCCCCCGGAGCUGUCGGGGCUCCUCACACCGUUGGACACUGCGGAUGUGCCAAGGCUGGGGGACGUUGGGAUGUGCUGCCCAGCUGCAGGGCCCCAGCCGGGACGUGCGCCUGGCCUUGACCUCGGGAGGACUUUUCUUUAGUUUCCUGUUGGUUUUGUUGGGGGUCGAUUCCAUCCAUUUGGGUCUUUCAGGGAGGUUUGGGGAGAUAUAUAUAUAUAUUUUUUUUUUCUGUUGUUGCUGGUUUAUUUCCAAGAGGACGACAGCCUGCGUUGGGGCAGGGAGGGCUGAGCAGGGAGGGGUGCUGAGGCAGUGUGUGCCUCAACACGGGUGGCCCCAGCCCUCUCCCCGUGGCCCUGGCCCCACUGUGGGAUGAAGGAGGGCAGUGCAGCAGGGCCGGGUGUGAGGAGGAACGGGCCAGGCUGGAGGGGAGAGACAGGCACAGCCAUCAGCCUGGCCAAGGGGAUGGCUAUGUGAGGGCACGGACUGGGGAACGUUUGUCUUUAUUUUUUUGCAGUUCUUCCCCCACCCCAACACGCACACAAACACACACACACACAGACGCACACAGGUUCUCCUCAGACUAGGUGUUUUUCCUGCUUUAGCCCAGAGUGCUGCCAGAGCCCUGUUCAUGGCUGUAGAGGAUGGAGCCGUCUCAGCCUCUUUCCCCAGUACACUCCAUGCAGGGUGCUGCUGUAGGGCUCGUGGCUUUCUUUUUUUGGGUGUUGCUGGGUUUAUUCAGGAGGUAGAGAGGAUCAGGAUGGCGUGGCAGAGCAGCAGGCAGGUCCAGAGAUAUCUGCUGCCCCUGGGCUGUUCUGGUUCAGGGCAAGUGGCUUCAAACCCCACAGCUUUGGUGUUUGCAUGCUGGGUUUUCCUUAUCAGGCUAUCCAGGGCUGACCAGAAUGGCAGGGCAUGUGUUGUGCUUGGGGACCUUACAGGGAGGCAUCACGGUUUUCAUUAGCACUCUCCCACAUGCACAGACUUCCCAGAUACCAAGAGGAUUCGUUUCCAAAUCCCUUUCCUUAGAAAGAGUGAAAGCAGGGGCUUAAUGGAGAGGGUAACCCUGUGGAAGCCCACGUGCUAUCUCUCUGCCUUCCCUACUUCCCUCCACAUCCCAGGGCCAGGUACUGGUGGCAUCUGCCAGUGACUCUGCCAUCUCCUUGCAGCCAGGGAGGUGGUUGUGGCUGGCACCUAUCCUUUUUCUAUUGCAACUAAAUAGCCUUAAUCAAAGCCAAGAGUUGAAACUGCUGAAGGAACCUGGUGCCAUUUGGAGGGCUGGACUGAGGGCUGGGACUUACCCUCCUCGAGAGCACUGGCUCAAAGGGGCCACGCCUGGAUAAGUAUCUUGGCUCUCCUGCAUAACACCAACCCCUGCAGAUGUAAAGGUAGUGGUCAUCUCCAAAAGCACCAAAGCCCUCCCAGGUCUGCUUUUGGAAAAGCAAUGUGGGGAGUCACAGGUGACUUUCCGUACCUCUCACAUUGGAAAAAGAGUCUGUUUAAGCCAACAGACUCUUCCUCAUCCCCACUUUCCUUGUCCCGACACGGCUUUACUUUCCCUAGCAGUGCACAAACCUUGGGCAGGACCUUCUGCCUAAGCGGUACCUUUCAAAUGCAAGCACAGACUCUGAGGAAGAGAGGGGAGAGGUGAGGGCUGGGUUCCCACAUGGGCACACUGGCUUUUUGGGAGGUUGGGGGCUCCCAGGCAGCACUAGAUUUGAAGCUUGGCUGAGAUUUUGUGCCUUCUUUGCUUAAAUAGAAAAAAGAAGAAAAAGGAGAAAAAAAAAAAUCCAACCUCCCUUCCUUCCCCCUCUACACAACUUCAUCCAGAAUGGGUGCAAAACCCCACGGCGGUGCAGGCAGGUGGUUGCUCUGUGUAUGUACAUGCACAUUUCACUGGAACAGUCUUCUUUCCCGCCUGUCUGCUCGCUUUGCUGCUGGGUGGUAGGAUUGACUGGCUUUAGAAACCCUAAUGUGGGAGGAAAAAGAAAAAAAAACAAUCAAAGGGAAGCCCAGGCACGUUCUCUCUUUUGUAAUAACCCCUGUGUGACAUUUACAGGAACACUGCCCUCAGCAGGCCCUCUCCUCUACUGGGAAAGCUCUUCUGGUUCCUACCCUCCAUGAGACUGUUUGCUCCUCUUUCUUUGUUCUUUCUAAUUGUCUAAAAUUCAAUAAAACUUUAUUCAUA